AAUAUUUUCUCAACCAAAUGAUUCAGUGUAGGCGAUUAAGAACAAAGAGGGCAACAAUUUUGGCUAUGGCAGUUCGUGGACAACUUUCUGCGACGUCUGUUCCGGUUUUGGUGGCAGGAGUGGUGGGACGUUGCCGUGAGCCACUUUACUGACACAUUUUAAAAAUCAGAAGAACUUUUGCCUACAUUGUUGUCACAGGAGCCACAUCUGGCAUAGGUAAAGCAUACGCCAUGGAGCUGGCUCGAAGAGGCCUGAAUGUUGUUUUAGUGAGCAGAUGUGAUGAAAAGCUGCGACAGGUGGCCAAAGAGAUUGAGGGCCAGUAUGGACAAAAGACUCACACCAUCAGGGUGGACUUCACACACGACCACAUUUACCCUUUUGUGGCCGAACAACUACAGGACAUGGAGAUUGGAAUUCUAGUUAACAAUGUGGCAAUGUCCUACUCCGAUGAUUUUGCCUUGUUCCUCGAAAUUCCAUCUGCUGAGCAGAAAAUCACCGAGGUCAUCAACUGUAACACGCUAUCUGUAGCUCAGACCACAAGAUUAGUUCUUCCUGGCAUGCUUCAAAGAAGGAAAGGGUUGAUCAUCAAUAUCUCCUCUCAAGUGGGGAUCCACGCACAGCCUCUGUUGGCCCUUUACUCCGCCACAAAGGCGUUUGUGAUUUAUUUCUCUCAGUGUCUGCAUGCUGAGUACAAGUCAAAGGGGAUCACUGUGCAGUGUGUGAUGCCCUUCUUGGUGUCCACCAACAUGAACAAAAUGAAAAGCAGCUGUCUGGUGAAGAGCGCUAGAGCUUUCGCCCGAGAGGCCCUGAACACAGCAGGCUACUCCAGCUACACCAGCGGCUGUCUGCUACACGCAAUGCAGAGUUUUGCGUUUGGACUCCUCAUGCCCGACUGGCUGCGUAUGUCCUCAGUCUUUGUGGGAAAGUUACACACCACAGCACAGCAGAGAAAAGCCCAAAGAGGAGCGUACAAGGAGGACUAUACACUGGAAGGAAUAGAGGAGUAAUGACCAGAGCCUCGUCUACAUGUUUAUAUACAGCAAACGGAGGCUUGGGAAGCUGAAAAAACACAUUUCUCAUUUGAUGUGAAUAACUUUGGGGAAUCUGGUACUGGUAUAUCCUCCAGAGACCCAGCAAUGCAUUGUUGUCCUCCGUAAGGGACAAGCAUUUCACUUAGUUCAAAAUCCAAAACA